UCGAGUUAGACGGUGGACCGGGACCGGUUGGUAUGUUGCCGUUGCACACAGUUGUACAGUUGUCACCGUUGGAUCUGUAAGGUGUAAAUCGAGAAACUCAAAAACCGCGUCACUCGGGAGAGAGAGAGAGAGAGAGAGAGAAGGGAAAAUGGGGUUCUGCUUCGCUUGCUUCGGUGCUGGUAGAGAGCAGAGAAGAGAGGAAGAACGCCUGGCCUCCGUAGACGCUCGAGCCAAAGCAGCCGAAGCCGCUGAGAAAAGGCAGGAGCAAUUUGAGAAGUCUGCCGCAGGAAGAGCUGCACGUGCGCAACUAGCAGCAAAUGCAAAGCAGACAGUUGCCUCUACCAAAAGUGAACCAGUUCUUAAGUGGCAAAUGGGAUGAAGUUUACCCUUGGCUGUUCAAGUAUAAUUGUUUCUUUCUUUUGGAAGUUUCAAAGAUGCUGUAUCUAUGGCUACAUCUGCUGCAAACUUUUGGUUGCUAUUUUGCCUGCCUACCAAUGAUUGUCAAGAUUUCCUAAUCUCCCACCUUUCUCAGAUGCCAAGGCUUGUCCUGUAAUUUAUCCCCUUCUCAGGUUGAAAUAAGUUGAUGUCUAUUGUUUAUCUUCGUCCCGUGCCAAGGCUAAAAAUGUGUAUUUGUAGAUAUAUGUAAUAAAUCUUGGGGGUAGAAGUUGUUUCAGCUCUAAUGCAUGCUGUUUUGUCUUCCAAGUCGUUUUGCAUUGACUGGUUCAAUUAGAUGUCCUGUAAUUUAUCCCCUUCUCAGGUUGAAAUAAGUUGAUGUCUAUUGUUUAUCUUCAUCCCGCGCCAAGGCUAAAAACGUGUAUUUGUAGAUAUAUGUAAUAAAUCUUCGGGGUAGAAGUUGUUUCCGCUCUAA